CACCCAUGGGAGCACAGGGAAACAAAAACAUGAAGUUCUUUUCACAUAAUAACGCUCAAACCCCCCUCAGGGUCAUGGCCACUGCGUGUCUACUACAACUUGGAGGAGCCUUGAGACUGACCACACCCCAUUUGCACCUGCCAAACACUAGCUUGCAUGCCGCUUCAGUCCCCUCGUUCGACUGGUCUCGCGUAAACCCUUCACAAGACCUCGAGUACCACGACUGCUAUGAAGGUUUCCAGUGCACUCGGCUUCUCGUUCCCCUAGACUGGCAAAACGCCUCCUCCGCACGGAUCGCCAUCGCCGUCAUCCGGCUGCCUGCAACCGUGGCGGCAGACGACCCGUCCCAUGGCGGGAGCCUCAUGCUGAACCCUGGCGGACCGGGAGGUUCCGGGGUUGAUUUUGCUCUUCGCGUGGGUCGCACCGUGCAGCGAAACCUGGAAGGCGAGCGGCACUAUGAGAUUCUGAGUUUCGAUCCGCGCGGCGUUCGGCUUAGUGAGCCGCAUCUAGACUGCUUCGCUUCUUCCGCGGAGCAGAGUAUCUGGGGUCUCGGGCAGCGGAUAGCGGGGGGGAUUGGUGUUGAUGGUGGAAGUGCCAGGUUUCUCUCCUAUCACUGGGCGGGAGCGGAGGCUCUGGUAAAGCUGUGCGAGGGAAAAGGGUCGAGUGCGAAGGCGCGGCAGUAUGUAUCAACGACAUACGCUGCGAGAGACAUGCUCCACCUGGUUGACAAGAUCGAUGAGGAGAAGGAGAAGGAGAAGGAGAAGAAGAAGAAGAAAGUCGGGCAGGGGUUCGAUGGUGCGGACGUGAACGCUCAAGCGCCACUUCGCGAAACCCGUGCUCCGGAUGAAAGUAAGCUUCAGUAUCUGGGCGCUUCCUAUGGGACUUACCUAGGGCAAGUUUUCGCCAGUAUGUAUCCGCACCGAGUGGGCCGUAUGAUGCUCGACUCGGUUGUGGAUGGCAACGACUGGAGAGACAGCCUUUUCUACUCGUCUCUGAACGACACCGACAACGCACUGCAAUCUUUCUACCGCAAUUGUUAUACCAAGCAAUCCGCGUGUUCGUUAUGGCAGCCCGAAGACACCUCUCCCCUGAACAUCACCGCGCGGGUCAACUCUCUCCUCGAAGAACUCGACAUUCGACCCGCCAGGAGCAUUGGAGCGGGCACCGCCAGUUUAAUCACCGGCGACGACAUCCGCGCACAGAUCUUCAACUCGCUAUACAGCCCUCUGGUGCAUUUCCCUGAACUCGCCAACCUCCUCCAAGACCUCCUCGACAAAAAGCCCAUCUCCUUACCAUCUACCACCACAUGCCCAUCCUCCCCGGGACUCCCCGACGACGACUCCCGCGGCCUCAGACUCGAGGCGCUAGCCUCCAUCUCCUGCCCCGACGGCCCAGCCCUCCUAGGCAAGCCGCUCUCCGAAUUCGAAGACUACUUCACGUCCCUGAACGCCCAGUCCGUAUUCGGCGCCCCGUGGAGCCUAUUCAAACUCACUUGCUGGCAGUGGCCGUGGCGAUCGCCCUGGCGCUUCGAGGGCGCCUGGAACGCCUCGCUCCCGAUCCUGUUUGUCGGGAACCGGUUCGACCCCGUCACUCCGUUUGGAAACGCCAGAACCGUGGCGGAGCGGUACGAGGGGUCUGCGGUGCUGAUGCACGAGAGCGUUGGGCAUGGCGGGUUGUUCCCGGGGUCGCGGUGUAUGUGGGAGUAUGCGAGAGCUUACUUGGGGCACGGUGCGCUGCCUAUCGCGGGGACGAUCUGUCCGGCGGAUUGUGAGCCUUUCGACGGUGGGUGUUCUAGUGAUAGCCGUGCUUUGUAUCUUUAGUACUCUACCGAACGUAGGGAUCUAAUGAUACGUUAACUUAUUAUGUAGAGAGAGCAUAUUGAAUAAAAUACUAAAGUAGCAACGGUACACUUCCCAAAUCAACGCAGCGAUAAGGUAGAAUAAUCAAUAUACGAUGUAUCUGUUGCUACACAGCUGCUACUUGCUUGCUAGCUCGAGAGUGAAAACAGUUCUACCCUCAAAGAAGAGAAGAGAAGACAAGCGG